AUGACCAGCUCCAGCAGAGCUUCCUCAGGAACCGGCACCUGCUGCCUGAUGUGGUGCCUGGAGCGGCUCCUCUUGGGACCCGAGCGCCUCCUGCGGGGCAGAAACCGGCUUUAUCAGGAUGGAGCCCGCCGAGCCACGGCCCUCACGCCCGCCGGGUGCCCAAACGUGCUCACCCCGGACCGCAUCCCCGAGUUCUGCAUCCCCCCGCGACUCGUGCCCUGCCCGACUCUGACUGCAAUCCGAGACUCCUGGGGCGAACAAGCAGGGACUGACGAUGGCGCUGGCCGCACGGACUGGGACCCGCGCUCGCAGGCCGCACUCUCGCUUCAGCACCUGCCCCGGGCGCGCACUGCCUACGGCUUCUGCGCGCUGCUCGAGAGCCCGCACACCCGCCGCAGGGAGUCGCUCUUCCUCGGGGGUCCGGGCGCCGCCGCGCUCCCGCCCGCGCCCCGUCCCCGGGCCCACACCUACGGGGGCGGCGGCGGAAACGACCCCCUCACCCCCGGGGCGAGAGCGCCCAUUGCGCCCCGCGAGGCCCGCAGUGGCUCCCUCCUGGACGCGCUCGGCCCCGGGCCCCGCUGCCACCGCUUCCUGCGCGCUUCCGAGGAGCUGCUGCGCCGCGUGCUGCGGACCCAAAGGAACCGAGACCUGGCCCGCGCCUGCUCUGUUUCCAGCGGGGACGAAGACGACGAGGACGAGAACGAGGGCCCCUCCGGCUCCGGAUCCCCGGCGCGGGCCCCCGGCGCGUCCCCCUCGCCAACUCCCAACCCGCUUCCCGAGCGCUUGGAGGCCGAGGGAACCGUAACUCUGGGCGGUGCCGGUGGCGCCCUGCGCCUGGCCGCUGAGUACAGUAGGGCCAGCGGGCGCCUCCGUGUCCGGCUGCUCCGUGCCGAGGGCCCGGCCGGAGGAGCCGCCGAGCCCCGCGCCCCCGUCGGCUGCCGGAUCAGCUUCAUCCUGAAGCCGCGGGGCGCCGUGGUCCGGCGGAGCCGCAGGGCCGUCUUGGAGCAGGACUUGUGCUUGGACGGGCUCUCGGAGGACGAGGUGCGCCGCCUGGCCGUGCGCGUCAAGGCGGAGAACCGGGGCCGCGGGCUGGAGCGGGGCCGCCUGCUGGGCCAGGGCGAACUGCUGCUGGGCCCCCUCCUGCUCCUCUGA